AUGCAAAGUGGUGGUUCUUCAUCUGCUCCAACUACUAGAAUUGUUGAAUCAGUAGAAAAUCAGUCUACAAUAGAAGUUGAAUUGGAUUGGAAUGAUAUUGAUGCUGAUCCAGGAAAACGAAAGUCAAUAGAGGCUUUUGAUGUUGCUAUUCGGGAUAGAGUACGGAGAGAGUAUUUGGUUAGAGGUCCUUGCCAACCAAUUAGGAAUACAUAUCCGAAAAAGAAAUAUGGUAUUCAAGAAAGAAGUUUUCAAGAUGCUUGGUUUACAAAAUUUCCAUGGUUAGAGUAUAGUGAAUCAAAAAAUGCAGCCUUUUGCUUUUGGUGCUAUCUUUUCAAGCAAUCGGAUAAAGGAGGUCGAUAUGUAGAAGAUGCUUUUACAAAGACAGGCUUUAACAAUUGGAAAAAUGCACUACAAAAAUUCAAUCAACAUGUUGGGGCUGCAAAUAGUUGUCACAAUUAUGCUCGAAUUCAGUUUGAAGCUUUUCAAGAUCAAAGGCACAGUGUGGCAAAUGUAUUUCGAGCAAAUACUCGUAAGGCGGAAGUUGCAUAUCGUGUUCGGUUGACUGCUUCAUUGGAUGAAUUAGCAAAUGCUUGUGCUUCAGAAGUCAUACUUGCCAUAGUCAAAGAUAUUGGGGAUAGAGUUUUCACUAUCUUGGUUGAUGAGGCUCGAGAUGUUUCAUUGAAGGAACAAAUGGGUGUUGUUUUAAGAUACGUGAAUAGUGAAGGAUAUGUGAUUGAGCGAUUUUUUGGGAUUGUACACGUAACUGACACUUGUUCUCGUUCUUUGAAAAAUGCUAUUGAUGAUUUAUUAUCGAAGCAUAAUUCAUCUCUAUCCAGAGUGAGAGGUCAAGGAUACGAUGGAGCUUCAAAUAUGCGAGCAUCUUAUAAGAGAAAGGAUCAACUUAGGAAGUUGCAACAGGAAAGAUUAGUUGUACAACUUAAUGAUGAAGAAGUGACUAGUGCAAGAGGUCAAAAUCAAGAAAGUAGUUUGGUUGUUGAUUUAAUUAUACAAGAGAUGAAUAAUCGGUUUUCUGAAGCUAGCACCGACUUGCUAAAAUGCAUAGCGUGUCUUGAUCUAAGAAAUUCGUUCUCUGAAUUCAAUGAGCAUCAAGUCAUUCAUAUUGCUACUUUAUAUCCCGAUGACUUCUCUGCUAGCGAAUGUUUACAUCUUCCACGUGAUUUGGGAAGUUUUGCUAUGAAAAUGGUCAAAACUAAGAAGCAUUUAGUUUUUCCAUUGGUCUAUCGGAUUAUUGAGCUGACCUUGGUUUUACCUGUUGCUACUGCUUCUAUUGAGAGAGCAUUUUCUGCAAUGAAGACUAUCAAGACUGAAUUACGAAAUCGAAUGGGAGACGAGUGGAUGAAUGACAGCCUAGUUGUGUAUAUUGAGAAGGAUAUUUUUUCAACGAUUGAUAACGAGCCGAUCCCGCAGCGUUUUCAAUCGACGAAAACACGUAGAAUUCAGUUGCCGCCGCUUUAG